CACUGAUCGUCAGCGUCAUCAUGCCUGAACCCGCCAAGUCCGCGCCCAAGAAAGGCUCCAAGAAGGCCGUCACAAAGACCGCCGGUAAAGGAGGAAAGAAGCGCAGAAAGAGCAGGAAGGAGAGCUACGCUAUCUACGUCUACAAAGUCCUGAAGCAGGUUCAUCCCGACACCGGGAUCUCUUCCAAGGCGAUGGGGAUCAUGAACUCUUUCGUCAACGACAUCUUCGAGCGCAUCGCCGGUGAAGCGUCUCGUCUCGCUCACUACAACAAGCGCUCCACCAUCACUUCCAGAGAGAUCCAGACCGCCGUGCGUCUGCUGCUGCCCGGGGAGCUGGCCAAACACGCCGUGUCUGAGGGCACCAAGGCCGUGACCAAGUACACCAGCUCCAAGUAGAGCAGCCCAGACCCACGAACCACAAAGGCUCUUUUAAGAGCCACCCAACUACUCCGCAAAAGAGCGUUUAUUCUUAUUUGCUCAGUUAGAUGUGUAGUAGAUGUUUGGACCGUUGUUUUUAGAAAUAAAAGCUCUGCCAAUGCAGUGCUUUUAAGUUUAAUCUCUUAAUUUAUUAGCAUCAAUUAUCUGAACAAAGAUCAAGCUUCAUCUUUUUACUUCAGAUCUCAAUAGACUUCAUUCAAGGGAGCCGGUGUUCUUUGUAGUAUAUCUAGUAAGUGUUUGAUUCGGGUUUGAGGUAAGUGCUGCAGGACACCAGCUCUCCAGGAUCAAGUAUGUUGACCUGAUAUACGUUGUAUUUGUAUAAUGCCUUUCACAGUAGGCGGAUUCACUCAGUCAGUUUUGUAUUUGAGCCUCGAUCUUGAUCUAAUCCAUUGACUUCGGUCAACUUCUCCCCACCCUGAGACUAACUGAGUCACAGAAACACUUAUGAAGCCAUGUUUUUGAUCCCUUUGUCAUAAAUACAUUAUUUUAAAUGAUCGGAAAUGUGAUACUUUCAAUAUACUUCUACAUCAUUUUUCCUCUUACGUUGUCUUUCUAUACAGUUACAUAACUUUUUUUCUCACUGAAUGCAGUCAUUACUUUUACAAUCACAGUUGCAUUUAUUUUUCUAUUAUUGUUAGUCUGCAUAGCGUGAACAUCUAAAUUAUAUUCUUUUCAUUCAAAAAUAAACCCCACAUUUAAGAGGGAACAACUGUCUCUGAUGUGAACCAGAACUUCAGACAAUUCUGAUGAAGCACAAAGAGAAAGGUUUCUCGAUUUCUGUUUUAUCUGAUCUGUGGCCUAUUAUCAUCAAAGUAAGAUCUCUGUGGGGACAUGGAGUUAACAUUUUUAAACAUUCGCUCUUUAAAAGAUAAAUCCUUUUUAAUCAAUCAAUCAAACAGUUUAUAUGCAAGAUAUUUGUCGACAAGCAUGCAUAAAUGUUCAGGAAUAAAUCCAUACAAGCAUUUUAUUAUUUUCUACAU